GCUGCAGAAGACAAACCUCUUCACCUUUACCAGAUCAUUUUCAAACACUCGGCGUUACAGCACUGUAGUUGAUCAGGAUUCUUGUUCUCCACAUUUCCUUAUUUUUGUCUCAUUUGUUUUCUAUUAAGAGACAAAAACAAAAGACAAUCAGCAGCUCCCUCUGCGACAUCUCCAGGCUCCAAAUAUGGAAAUACUGAUCCAAGGUGAGUAUUUUUCUCUCCUUGCUGCCGUGAUGAUUUGUGACCCAGGGGUUCCCUUCUUGAGGGAGACUGGGACGACUGCACCUGAUCCCCGGAAAGGGGGUUAGGAGAAAAUACAAAGAGGAAAUACCAACUCCCAGCUGUUUGGAACGUAAGGACAAGGAGCCAACACAGGAAUGGAGCACCGAACUCCAAACAGCACUGUGAGAGGUGGGCCGAGAGGCUGUCUCUCACCCAGAGGGAGGAGGGACUGACUGUGCAGAGAGCAUGGAGCUUCAUUCACUCUGCUACACACACACACACACACACACACAUGCUCCGCAAGGCAGCUCCCAGGCUGAGAGAAAAGAGGGGAGCAGAGGAGACAGCAGCUCGUUCGCCAAGUGGUGACAGACAGGAAAAACAGAGGCACAGAGCGAGGCUACAGAGGGACAGAGGGGUCAAUCAAACCCUUCCCCAAGUGAGAGGAGAUUCCAGACCUUGUACACCGUUUUACGAGAGGACACACAUACACUGAUUUAAGUGGCGCUACUGGGCCUUAGCUCCCCGGUCAAACCUCCAGGAUGUCCCGCAGGAGGUCGACAGGUGACCUAGUGCCCAGGGACAUCACUCAGAUCUUAGCGAGGGAGGCGAGAGCUCAGCGAGGUAAAAAGAAGCCGGGGAGCUCCCUGGGACAGGCACUCAGCUGGUUAAAGGGGAGCAGGAGGAAGAAGAACAUCAGCAACGGACUAAACCGAACUGGGACUGGCGUCGCAGACGAUAAGCCGGGGAUUCAGAAUCAAGAGCCGGCAAAAGCUGGCCCGAAGGGUAAUGAAGACCAUAAGAGGUUGGCGGUCCACUACACAACGUCACAGCACCACCAGGAGAAUGUAUUCAUUGAGGGCAGCAGGCCACAGUACCUGGAGGACCUGCACACUGAGGCUCUGGAGGGACUGAAGAUACUGCAGCAGGAAGAACACAAAAAUGGAGAGAAUUUUGCUGACGAUGAAAGCAUCUCUUCCUCAGACACCCUGCGUCCAGAACAGGAUAUCAGCUUCAAGGACGGAGGUGAAUGUCAGGAUUUGGAAGCCACUACGGGGAAUAGUGAUACCACAGUAGCUACUUCUGUGUCCACAAGACCAUUGCUCACUCCACAAGGUUCUACAUUUAAGCCCCCAAAUACAAUGAAGAGCGUAGAUACUAAGAGCAGGAAGAUGAACAGGAGGACCACCAUCAUGGGUAUUCCCAACCAGGUCCAGAAAGAGCUUGCACUACACAGAACUUCAACCUUCCAGCCACUUGUUUCUGUGCAGCACCUUAAUCAAGAUGGCCAGGUCACCGACAGCCAAUCAGGCGUCGUUAUUAUCCCAACAGUUGAUGGAGGGUCUCCAGCAGCAAAUAAAGAAGGAGCAAGAGUGCACCUUUCAGAGUUGGAGCAGGCAGCCAAGGAUGAACAGCUUUUUAACAACCACCUCCAGGCUAUGUUCAGGGAUGAGCAGACCCUCGACCUCGGCUUUGGUUCCAGUGUCUGUCCCACCUCCAACAUGAGACCCAAGUCCCUUGCAGUACCUGGCAUGACCACCUCCUCCACCUUCUGUCCUUCAUCAAUGUUAAGCUUUCUCCAAGAAUCGCAGGGUCCAGUGAUGUCCAUAUCACCUCAGGCCACUUACUUGUCGACAAUUAUCCCUAAUGCCGUCUUGCCAGCCUCGAUUGAAGUCAUAGAGAUAGACCGGAGCCGCAGCCGGACUCGUGGCAGCAGUGUCAACCACGGUGGUAGUGUCCUCACUGUUAGCAAAAGCAGCCUUGGAUCCAGAGACUCAUCAGUCAGCCCUUUGUUGUCCAGAAGAUCAGACGGAGAUGGUUUCCAGACUGAUCACUCGUGCAAAAACUCCACACUGAUGCCCAAAUCAACUUCAGGGUCAAAUUGGAGUGAGUCACAGUGUUCAAAGACCAUUAUUUUAAAUCCCUCCCCAGUGUCCUCUAAAGGGAGCCCACGCAUUGGUAACUGCCAUACGGUGGGACUUAAUGAACAGGGAAGCCAGCAAGAGCACUGUGGAGGAGAUCAAGACCAUGUCAGUGUUUGUAGCUCAGUAAGCACGAUUAGCAGCCCUAACAGUAAAGGUGAAAAUAUCGUAAUAGUUCAAGGAUCAGAGUCUGGUGGGUCAGGUUCAGUGACUGUAGAGGAGGAUGCAAAGAACAAGUGCAACUUCGCACGCAGUCUUUCAGUUAUGAAGACUAAACAACCCCCGGCACCUCCACGGAGAACAAACUCUCUUCACAGUAAUAAGUUCAAGAGUAGCUCCAGGGUUCUGAUGGAAAGCCAAGAUCUCAAUGACUUGAUGUCUGAAGAGGUGGAAACUACUACAAAACAUGCUGUAGUGAAAGAUGACAUCAAGUUGGUCACAGGAGGUAGAAGCAAGAUCACCAAUCCUGUAUCCAGUUCUGCUUGGUCCAGCUCUCCAGAAGUUUCCUCCAGUCCAAUGAUCAACACACAAAACCCUUCUAAAGAUGCUGAAGGACCGCCACAGCCACUGUCAGAAUCAAGGAGCUCCUCCCCACAGAAAACACCUUCAGAAGAGGAGGGGAAGUUUGAAAGGACCAUGUCCCCUUCCAGUGGCUACUCCAGCCAGAGUGGAACUCCAACACUCUCCCCUAAAGGUAUCUCCCCAACUUCCCCAGAAAAACAGAAGAAGCCUAUUAAACCUGAGAGAUCAGCGUCUCGGGCCUCAUCCUCAGCAGCUUCUCCUUCAUCCUCUCUUACCUCUUUAUCAUCCGGUACAUCUGAGCCUGUCAAUCCAGAUGUCUCCACAUGUAGCACAAAUCUUCUUCCACAAGUAACUUCACCCACAGUUAUACCAAACAAACUUACACCAACUAACAAUUCUUCAACUCUGAGAGUAGAAUGUAGAGAUCUGUUAAACAUUCCACCACCUCCCAAGGUCAAAGCACCAUGUCCUCCUCCUCCAGAGACAUGGGUUCACAAUAGGCGGACCAUUGAGUUCUUGUGUGGUCCCAUUUCCAGUGUCAGCAAAGAAACCCACAAACCCCCCAAAAUACACGACAGCACAGUUAAACAUGCAGAAGUCCAGCCUAAAGCCACAGAGGAAGAGCAAGAUUUAUUUCAAAACCAGAUAGCCUUAGUCGAACCUGUCACGGAAUUGUCAGAAAGUGAAGAAAAGUCGGAGGCAUUCUUAGCAACAUAUCCCACAGAUGCCCACAAAGACCUAGAGAGCAAGGAAUGUCCAGGUUCCAAGACAGAGGGAGUACAAACAAGUGCAGAUGCUCAGAAACCAGACCAAAGUAGUAGCCCAGUAGUGACGAGCCCCAGUAAUCAAGAGAUACAUCAAAGGAAAGGUCCCCCUCCUGUGAUGAAAAAACCCAUGACAAUAUUGCACAAAGAUACGCCGUUGUCAACAGAGCAGCCAGCAGAGACGCAGCAAAAGGAAAAGAGUAGUCGUAACCAGGUAGAAGUUAAUUCAUCUGUUGAGAACAACGUAACAUCCUCACACAAUGGGGUAAUUGUUUUAGUGGAUAAGAGUAAUAAUGAGAUGGAUAGAAUUGAGGUACCAUCCAUGCAAACACUUUCUGUAGAGGCACCCAAGGUCAGUAAGGUCUCACCUCCACCUACCCCUCCCCCAGCAUACCACCCUACACCUCCUCCCUCACGAAAGACACCUCCCUCAUCAGUGUCUACGCCACCAGAUGACUUACAGAAGGUAGAGGAGGAGAUGCCUGUUGUUGAGUCUUGCUGGCCACCUCCUCCACCUCCUUUGGAAGGGGACUCAGUCUUUGAUGGAGAAGACGAGGUAGACUUUCCUCCUCCACCACCACCAUUCCUAACAGACAAUGUGCCAGAUGUGAUUGACAGCUGUGUCAAACAGCUAGACCUUCUCAGCGGGUGUACCGUGGCGAAACAAGACGUUGGAGACACAAAUAAGGAUUCAGGUGAAGGUGGGACUGUCAUACAGGAACACAAACCACAUUUGCCAGACACUGUUCCACAAUCAGAAGUAUAUGAUAACAAAGCAGAGGUUACAGUGCAACUUUCAACAUCUAACUGUGAUGAUGAGGGUUAUUGCAAACCAGAGGAGCCUGUUUCAUCUCUGCCAGAUACUGUCCCACCUCCACCCGUAGAGGGACCUCCCAUGCCAACAAUUACACAAGCAGAAAACCUUGUAUCAGUCUCUGCUUUAGUUCCUUCCAACAGUUUCCAGAGACGAGACUCUCUGAAAACUGAAGAUCAGUCUUCCUCUGGGCCCACUGUUAGUGCCCAAUCUCCAGUUAUAGUCCCAGUUGCUCCCCCCAUACCAACAGAGACUCAGGCGGUUAAUUUUAGAAGACAACCCAGUAUAGCAUAUCGAGACACCCGGAGCAAGGAGCUUCUUCCCCGCCACAGAAGUGCACCCAUUCCUAAAGAGGAUGCAAACAUACCUCUCGUCACUCCCUCUCUGCUCCAAAUGGUUCGCCUCAGAUCAGUCAACGUGAAUGAAGAUCAGAUGAGCGCUACUUCUGAGGACAAACCAAUAAGCCACGGAGCUCCAGUUCAGGAGAAUUGCCCAGUCUCAGUCCCAGGACAUCAACACAUUCCACAAAAGCCCAUUCGCAAGUCUCUGUCUCUAAAAUCUUCACCUCAGUUAUUCACACCAUCCUCUGUGACAAUGAACUCUCCCUCAGUGCGCUUACAGGAAGCCAUACGUAUGAAAACUGCAGCCAUGUCUGCAAGAGAUGGGCUUCCAUCCCGACUGGGUGUAAGGUCACUCCCCUACAACUGCAUCAGUGAACCCGCAGCUCUGUCUCUAAAAUCACCUGAAGGGUGUGACAUGCACAUGUCCCCUGCCUCCACAGCCAGCUUCAUCUUCUCCAGGAGCGCAAAAAAAGUCGUCAUCGAGACUGCAGCUACCUCCACAUGUGAAGCUCAGGCAACUCUCAAGAAAAGCUUGGCAGCCGAGCUUGUGCAGGUGUCCGACCAGCCAAGGGCUUCCACUGUCUCCAAUGGUGGAGUGAAGUGUGACAAAGUUCCUCCGCCUGUCGCUAGGAAGCCGGUACAUGGCAACAUCAAUCCUCCAACGCAUCAUCCUGUCUGCUCAGGAAAGACGGAGAACAGUGUUAAAGGAAAUGGGGCAAUAGGAGAAGUGCAACAUGGAAUAAGUGGAAUAACAUCUCCUGAGACGACAACUACAAGGGUGACAGCGGACACGAUUGAAACACUGUUCUGAAAGAGACUUGUGCUGAUGAACUGACGACCGGACCUCUGUCAGAGCGGCAAAAAAGUUAAAGGACAACUCAUGGCAAGAACUGACUGACAUUACUGAGAUUAAGCUCAACUAUCUUGAGUGUUGUGUGUUAAGUAUUCUCCAAAAGCCUUAGCCUGUUAAUGGCCCUCCUUUAUAUUUAUGCAAAAAAAAAAAACACAUGUUGCUCUCAAUUUCUUACGAUAGCUUUAUUCUGAAGUAUUUUUCUAUGCCGUAGCUUAUUUCUAAUUAAGGCCCCUCAGGAUGAAACGGUGGCUGAACUGUAAAAUAUUUGGCUUGUGUGACACCGCCUCCUAGAGGUUUAAUUAGGUAGUGCUCACUGCAGCUGCAGAGUGAAAAAGUGUCUUCAACUUGAGGUUGUCAAUUUUUUUUCCCUGUUGUAAAUGUACUACAGUUUUCAUGGGGAUUCAAGCAAAAAAUCCACAACACCCUUCAGCUUCUGUGUAAAUAUCUGGGUUAAAGUCACUUUUACUCCCGGUUCUUCACUGUGUGGACAUACUAGAAAGAGUAUUUGAGAAGAAAGGAGUGCUGCAAAUCCACAAGAAUAGACGGUUGCAAAGCUAUAAACGAAAAACCACGAAUACUUGACACAAAUUAAGAUGUUUCUGCUCACGUUUCUUGGUGUAGCGAGGGGUCAAACCAACACGUUCUAAAAAGCCUUUCUAGCAAAAAGAAAAACAAGUAUACUAUUUAUUUAUGUGUGAUUUCCACUCUUGGCACUGUUGGACACAUUUUCCAAAACAAUAUUAAAGAUUCUUUAUGAUCCGAAUACCACUUGUAGGGCUGUUGUUGUUGUGAAAACUGGCCUUGGAUGAUUGAUACACUGGAGAAGACCAAGUAUGAGGUCAUUUUGUUUUUAUUCAAUAAUCUCUUAACUAAAUCUUCUGCACAGGACUUUUUGAUGGAAAAUCAAGUUCAUUACUAUUUGCACAAACUGCUUUCCCCCAGCAAAAUAAUCAGUGUGAAUUAUACUGACCCUAAUGGGUAAAAAAAAUCAACUUUUUGAUGAUUAUAAAGAGUUAUGUAGUUAUUACUACAAAUAAAUUUUAAGUGUAUUAAA